UCCUAACAAAAAUUUCCGUCAGAGUUCUCGUGAAAAUUCUGACUUUGUACACAAGUUAACUCCAAUUUUCUUAAACAAAGUAUUUUUCGUGAAAGAAAAAAUUCCUUUGUGUUUGAGGGAAAAAAAUGUCUCGAAAUAUUCCACGUUCCUCGAGAUCAACUCGAAGAGCUACAAAGAAAACUUCCCGAGCGACUUCUGUGACGAGUGGUGGUGGAGGUAGGGGUCAUUUGCAUAGAUUCAGAGUGGAUAGUGAGGAUUCGGACUCUACAGAGAAGGAAUCCUCAUCGGAUGAGGAAGAGCGCUGGAAGGAUACCAAUCGAACUAGUGAUUUACCUUCUGAGUACUGGCAUAUCCAGAAGUUGGUGAAAUAUAUUAAGGCGGGCAAUCAAACAGCCACCAUUGUAGCCCUAUGUUGUCUCAAGGAUUAUGACCUGACCACACAGAUUAAUCAAUUGGCUAUCCAGCAUAUUGGUGGAUUGGAAGUUCUGGUAAAUUUACUGGAGAGCAAUGAUAUAAAAUGCAGACUUGGAUCUCUCACUGUCUUAUCGGAAAUUUCUCUCAACACGGACAUCAGGAGGACUAUUGUGGACUUGGGGGGCAUCCCUUUGCUCAUCCACAUCUUAAAUGAACCCAUGCGAGAUCUCAAAACAAUGGCUGCUGAAACAGUGGCGAAUGUAGCUAAAGUGCGCCUUGCCAGGAAACUCGUGAGGAAAUGUGAUGGAAUUCCUCCUUUGGUAGACCUCCUUGAUGUUCCAAUGCGAUGCCUGGUGACUGUGUGGGACAAUCUGAAUGAGGACGAAAAAGCUGUUCUAACAAUGGCAAAAGCUGGAGCCAGAGCACUUUGGUCUCUCUCAGAGUCUCGACACAAUAAAGAGCUGAUGAGGCGCUUUGGACUUGUUCCUCUCAUGGGAAAGCUCCUCAAGAGCGUUCAUAUUGAUAUUGUGGUGCCCAUAAUGGGAACAGUACAGCAAUGCGCCUCACAGCCCAGCUAUCAGCUUGCCAUAACAUCCGAGGGAAUGAUUUCGGACAUUGUGAAUCACCUUAAUUCACAGAAUCUCGAACUCAAGAUGCAAUGCAGUUCGGCAAUUUUCAAAUGUGCCAGUGACAAGGUGGCUAGGGAUAUGGUGCGAGAGGCUGGAGGAUUAGAUCCACUGGUGUCCAUUCUGAAGGAUAAAAAUGUGAGGGAGAAUAAGCCACUUUUGGCUGCAGCCACAGGAGCUAUAUGGAAGUGUGCAGGAUCUGAUGCUAAUAUGAAACGUCUAGAUCAGCUAAAGACUAUUACAAUUCUAGUCCAGUUGCUGACGGAUGAAAAUGAUGAUGUCCUGACGAAUGCUGUGGGCGGAAUUGCAGAGUGUGUUAAGUUUCCCAAUAAUCGAGAAACUCUGAGAUUUUCCGGAGGAUUACCUUUACUUGUUGAGUUGCUGAAUGCCACUCAUCCGCCUCUGCUGGAGAAUGUGGCUAAAGUUCUUAGGGAAUGCGCUCAGGAACCUGAGAGUAUGAAGAUCCUGGAAGAAUUGGAUGCAAUUCGAUUGCUCUGGUCACUCCUCAAGAAUCCUAAUCCUCAUGUCCAAGCAUAUGCAGCCUGGGCAAUGUGUCCCUGUAUUGAAAAUGCUCAUGAAUCUGGUGAAUUAGUCAGGAGCUUUGUAGGAGCAUUGGAGUUAGUUGUGGGGCUUCUCAAGUCCAAGGACAACCUGGUUUUAUCAGCUAUUUGCGCAGCUAUUGCAACAAUUGCCCGGGACAAGGAUAACUUGGCUGUUCUCUCUGACCACAAAGUUAUCUACAUGCUGGCAGAUUUGGUCCAUACAACAGAUGAUCUUCUGAGGGAGAACUUAGCAGCAGCCAUUGCUAGUUGUGCUCCAUACGGCAAUAAUACUCAUGAACUAGGUCGACUCAAGACAGUGACACCAAUUGUUGGCUACAUGGUGAGUUCCAAUCCCAAAGUCCACCGGACAACAGCAAUGGCACUGGAAAAGUUAUCUGAAGAUCCCCAGAACUGCAUUACGAUGCAUCAAAGUGGUGUAGUACCUUUUCUGCUUGAAACUGUUGGUUCUAGGGAUAGAGUUCUUCAGGAAGCUUCAGCUGGCUGCCUCCAGAAUAUCAGAAAACUAGCACUGCGAGCACAAGAACAUCUUCUUCGAGUAGAACUGUAGAGAAAAAGGCGGGAAAAUUUGCAAGUGGUUUAUGUCCCAACUAAGGAAAGAAGCACAAGAGAAAAUUUCCUGCAGUAUCAACAGACGUAAUAUAUUUUUCUAUUAAUACUUCUUCUUACAUCGAAAUACACCCAACAUCUUUCUUAUUUCCAUGAACACGAGAACUACAGUAUAUAGAAAUAUUUAUUAUGUAUCCAUAGUGAUAAUAAGCUUAUCUUUUCCCCUUUUUUUUGGUUUGACUUAUUGAAACGCUGAUGUGGAAACGUUGGGAUAUUGCCAAAAGGCAUACAGCAUAUGCUUCACAGCGAAUGCUCAAAGCAUGCACUCUACGCACUAUUGAAAUGCCACAAACAACAAUUUCACACUUAAACGUCUUCAAAAUUGUACUCAAAUUACAUCAAUUAAUAAAGAUAUUAUCCACAA